AUGGAGAACGACAUGAGAGACGAACUACAGCCGGUGGAUAAAAAUCAAGGUAACACAAAUAUUUUAACUUAGUUUUAAUUUCCUUUUUUUUAGUAUACAAUCACUGGUAACAAGUGUUACCAUGUUUAAUUGUCUGUUUUGUUUUUCUUUGUAUACACUUCCACGUAUAUUUUAUUGGUUUGUUGCACUCUGUGUGUUUUACUAUUAUAAUAUACCUACUGUAUGAACACGUUUUUUGCAUGACCGUUCAAGCAAUUCAGUGGCCAUGCAUACACAUAGUAUUUUUAUUUUUCAACACUGGCAUUAAAUACAUAUACUUUAAUUUAUAUUACUAUAACAUUACACUGAAUUACUUGUACUUAUUUUUUGUUUUUUUUUUUUUCAAAAAAAAUUGUCUAUGCUUAUGUUGGUGUUGCACGCUCUUUAUAUUGACAGGUCCGUUGACUUUGGACUCGCUUCUAAAACAAAUAGAUGAAUUACAAUUGGAGAAAAAAGAGUUCGGCUUGCAACGUGCCAAAAUGAAGGGGUUUUUACUGCAAAAAGAAGGUGACCAGUUAUUGCUUUGUUGCUUUAAAUAUGUAUAUAUUUAUGUAUAUUCAUAAAAUUGUAUAUAAUUUCAUUUCUUUAUUAAUAUGAUACCCAUUUGUUCAUAAUUAUAAGUGAAAUUUAAUGUGGGUUUUUAAUUAUUAGAGGAACUCAAGAAUAUGACAAACAUCUCAACUGAACUAAAGAGAUUACAAGAUGCAUUAGAUGAAUCUCAGAGCCAGCUUACUGUAACAAAACUUGAAAUGGAAGGACGGUUUGAAGAACAAACUCGCAAGUACAAUGAGGAAAUUUCGUCUCUAGAUAAAGUGCUUGCUGGUAAUAUUAGUUAUGAAAUGAUUUAUUUUUUAUUAUUCUAAUAUUUACUUUUAAUAGAAACUUUGGAAGAAUCUAGGCGUCGAGAGAAUGAAACUAAAACUUACAAAACAAUGAGUGAAAAAUUAGAAAACGAGUUGAAAAAUUGUCGCAAUCAAAUGUUGAUUGGUCAACAGGGAAAUAGUAUAUUAGGUGAAUCAACUCAGCAACAAAUACUUAAUGUACCUGGUACUGUUCUUUCUGCUAUUGCUAGAAAAAUGACCAAUUUAGCUUCCAGUGCUGAAUCUGAUGAUUACAGGAAGGUAAAUUAUCAAUUAGUAGUUAACAGAAAUUAAUAAUAAUUUUUUUUAAAUAACCACAUUUUAAAUUCACUUCUGAAAGUCUCAAGAUGAUGAUGAUAAUGUGUAUAAAGCUUUGGUGGAUCCAUUAAAAGAAGAAGUUGAAGCUCUAAAAGAAAAAAUUCGAGAAAUGGACACAGAUAUCAGUUACUAUAAAACUAAACUAAUUGAAUCAAAAGAUAAUGUUAUUGAACAAAAACUCACAGCCAGUAUGUAUUUUUUUUUAUAUAACAUUAAAAAAGGUUAUUAAUUUAUCAUGAAUACUCAUUACUUCAUAGAGUAUUGAUUUUUAAAAAAAAAAAUUAUUUAAAACAAUUUAAGAAACAAACAGCUAUUAAAUGUUACAUUACCAUUACUUUUUUGUUACAAUCAUUUUUGGAAGUUAAACAACAAUCUUUUUAUUUUCAAAUAGCAACCUAUAUUAAACAUAAGUUUUUUAUAGAUGGAGUAAUAGUUUAAAUUAAUUUUGGUAAAACAAUUUUUGAUUUCAAUCAACCUGUUGAUGAGAUAUUCCAUUAAGUAUGAGUAGUGGUAGAGUAGUGGAGUACUAUUCAAACAUUGCGAGCUAUACUGUACACAAAUAUUGUUCAAUUACUCAACCCAUACACGUAAUUAGAAGUAAAAAAUCUUAUCUACAGUUUGUUGAAAAUUAAAAAUGUCAACACUAAAAUAUAUUUUACCUAAAAUUGUAUUUUUUAUGGAAUAUUUAAUAUAGGUUUCCAUUUGAAAAUCAGAAGUAGGUUGUCGUUUCGCAUCCAAAAACAAGAGUGUCAAAAAUAGCGUGAUUUUAGAUCUGCUUGUUUUAUAAAUUAUCAAAAAAAAAAAAAGUUUUACUUUUUGAUAUAAUGAGUAACUUAUCAAGCAUUAAUCAAACGCUAAAAUUGAUAUUUGUAUAUUAUACAGUUAUUUGGUUUAUAUAAUUCUUUUUCUUUCAUAGAUAAUUCUCAAGAAGAAUCAUCAAAUUCUUCAGCUACUAGUGAUUUUGUUUUCCUUAACACAUCUGGUAAAUAUUAUUAGUAUGAUUUAUUAAUGUAAACACUUAAUGAAUUUAAUUGUGAUAGUGGAUAAUAAUGUUGCUAAAUGUGAACAAUGUGCAUUAUAUAAAAUCCGUGUGGAAGAAAUGCAAGACAAACUAAAUGAUGCAGAUAAACGUCUUUUAGCCAUGGACAAGCUUAAAGAUGAACAUGAUAAAGAGACCAUCUACCGUAAACAGAUGGAAGAAAAGUGGAAUGAAAAAUUAGAAGAACAUAAAAAUAAAGUAAUUAUGAUAAUUCAUUAAUUUCAUAGUGUAUUAUGUUUAGAUAGGUUCAUGUUUGUAUAUUUUUAUAGGUACAAGAAUUGAAAAAUUUCUCAGAUCAAUCACAUGAGGUGCUUAGUGAUGUUAAGUUGCAAUAUGAACAGACUGUAAUAGAUUUUCAAAAAGAACUAAAGCUUUGUACAGAAAAUGGUGCUAAAAUGAAGCAACACAUAUUGAAGUAUAUGAUUAAUAAUGUUAAUAGUUUUUAUAAUGUUUUCUAUGAAAACAUUGUUUAUCUUUUCUAGGCUGGAAGAAGAAAAUCAUAAUUUAAAAGAGAAACACAUGAAGUUUUCUGUACAGUUACAAAAUGAAGAGAUUAAUUUACCUAGUUCAGUAGCGGUUAGUGUUUCUUUCAUGGCAAAUGUAAUUUUUCACAUUUACUAAACAUAACAUAUUUUUAUAAAGGAGCUUCACGAAUAUUUGUUAAAACGGAAUGAAGAACUUAUAGCUAUGUCGAUAGUAAAAGAAUCUAUUGAAGAAGAAAUAAACAGAAUAAAAAAUAGUGCAGCUAUUUUUGAAAGUCAAAUACAAGGACUAAAUUCAACUGUGUCUUUACUCGAGUAAGUUUAAACUAUAUUUUAAUUUUGUCUUGGCAUCAUUAACUGUCUGAUUUAUUUCAUGAUAGCAAUGAAAAAGUAUUGUUAAAAUAAAUACUUCACUACUGUCUGUUAAACUGGGGGGGGGAGAUGUGUUUUCAAUUAGCUUACAUAUUGUAUUCAAGUAAAAAUUAAUAUUCACGCAAUGUGCAUAGUUGUAAUAAAUAUAUAUAUAUAUAUAUAACAUAGACAUGGGUAGUAUUCUGAAUAAUUAAAAAAUACUUUUUUCAGAAGUAUUCAAUACUGUAUUCUGAAUAGUUUUAAAAAUUAUUUUACUCAAGUUCAAUUUCAAUAUGAAAAUUAUAGUCUGUAUCUAAUGAAAUUAAUAAUGUUUUUUUAGGAGUUCAACUAUUUGGGUGGGGGGGAAGGAAGGCUAAGGUACUAAUUUAUUAUUAUUAGGUUAUAAAUAUAACAUUAAAUCAGUUCCAUAAACACACUUCUUUAUACUAUAACUGCAAAACCAUAGAUAAUAAAUGAUGGAUAGUCCAUGUUGGCUAUCAGAAUCAGACAUUAUUUUAUUUUCUAACUCACUUGAUAUUAAUGUAACUAUUUUCAUUGGAAAUUUAAGAAUAUUUGUGACAAAACACACAGAAUGGGAUAAGGAUAUGAUUUUAAUAUUACAAAUAAUUACUGUCCCUCUAUUAUGUGUAAAUUUACAGUUUGUUUUUAGUAGCCAAAAAGACCAAUUUUACCAGCAAAAGUUAAUUGUGAAUCAGAAGACCUCUUGAACCACCCCCUAGAUCUGCCACUACAACAUUCAUUAAUAUGUAAAAGUAUAAUUUGUUUGGUGUGACUAUACAUUUUAUUAAUAUUGAGUUUUUCAUGGUUUACUACUAUAUUCUGUAAUAUAUAGACACCUUAUCAUUAUCAUUAAUAUAGUGAGAUAACAAUUUUGAACAUCAAUAUUCAUUAUAAAACAUUACAAAUGUCUAGAUAGAUUAUAUUUAUGUUAGUAUUUUUUAGAUGUUUUUAUCAAGUAGAUUUAAAACAAUCAAUUGAAACUCAUAAAAUAUAAAUAUACUUACUACUCACUAAUAAUUACUUUUAUAUUCCAUAAUUCACAUGGUAAUUUAUGUUUUAUAAUAUUUUCCUUACAGUUAUUUGUAUUAUUUUAUAUCUUAUAUUAUCCAAUAAUAAUAAAUAAUUGUAUACAUUUUUGUUUAAAGAAAACAAUUAUUGGAUGAAAGAAGUCGUUUUUCGGAGCAAAUAAAAAACACAAAUCAAUGUGAAAACGAGUUAAUAAGCUGCCGUGCCCAACUGGAUACCAUUUUUAAAAGAAAGGUAAACAAUUGAAGUAGAAGAGUAUGAAAAGUCCUACUCGUGGUUCUAUAUAAUUUAUUUAGACAUUUUAAUAACUAAUUGUUAACAUUUGCACUUCAUAAUACUUAAAAAAUUACCCAAUCAAUUUAAAUUUUUAUAUCAAGAUCCUCAUUACCCUCCAAAUCUAAAAUGUUAAAAAUAAGUCAUGAUUAUUACAUUUUAAAAUUUUUCAAAAUCUAAAUCUAAUGCCAUUUAUUCUUCUUUCCAAUAAAUAAAAGAUAAUUGAAAUCGGUUAACUCUAAGAGACAUGAAAGGUUUUUCUGUAAAAUAUAAUUUUUUUAUUAAAAAACAGGUUAUAUGCAUGCCUGCCCCUUAACACUAUACAGAAUUAUCUUUCUAGAUACAUUUUUAAUACUAAUCUAAAAAUUUAAGUAUUAGGUUAUUUUUAUCAAGAUAUUUUAUUUUUAUAUUUUGGAAUAUUUUCCUUGAACUCUAGUUAUAAAUUUCUUAAAUUUUGUGAAUUUUGUGUGUUCGCCAUGUUUAAUUGUUUUAAAUACUUUAAAAUCUUCUAGUUUUGGGUUUUUAAUUUGAAAGGUUAAAUAGAGCAUUUGUAAUGUGUAUUGUAAUAUUAUGGUGUAUUUUUAUCACAUUCAUUUUUGCUAGUUAUUAUUUCUUGAUAUUAGACUUUAACAUUUACAUACAUUGUUGUUUUACAUUAAUUGUAAUAAUUGUAACUCAGGUUACUCUAUUAAUGUAGCUAUUCUAUAAUCCAUGAUCAGUAACUAGUGAAGCAAGAUGAGUGACCCAUACAGGAUUCUAUUGUAUACUUAUUCAUAUACAGGGAUUUGAAACAGAACAACAAAUUUUUAUAAAUGUACAAAUUGCAUUUGUGAACUUUACAGACCAAUACAUAAAAGGUUAAUAUUUCAUCCCAUUUACAAUAUUUUACAUAAUUAUUCACAUAUAUUAAGAAAAGUUUAGUGUAUAUAAAUUUAUAAAUUAUGUUUAAUGGAAAGCCACAUAGUAGUAGUUAAUAAAAAUUUGCUUACCUUUAAAUAUCUCGUAUGAAAUGUAGGGUUCUUAAAAUCAGUGUGUCACAUCAUCAAGAUACUUGUAUUAAUUGGAUAUUGAUAAAACUAAUAAAUAUUUUUAUCAAUAUUAAUUAAAUUAAUUAAAUCAAAAGUUUUUUGUGCAUAUUCCAAAAUAAUUAGUUCUUUGGAUCAUAUUGUACAGUUAUUAUGUUACUGUAAACUGUUUCACUAUCCUUGGUAGAAUAAAAUAUCUUAAUUUUGUUUCAGACUGAAUUAGAAUCUAUAGUUAUGGAACAGCGAAAUAAAAUUAUGGCCCUACAAAAUGACUUGACCAAUAGUGAAGAAGUUCAACGUGAUUUUGUUCGUCUAUCUCAAUCGCUUCAACAGGAAUUGGAAAGAAUUCGAGAAUCUGGGACAUCGGUAUUAACAUAGUGACAACCUUAAAAAAUUUGUUAGGUACAUAAUGUAUUGUUUAGGUGCGAUGGGAACAUGAAGAAGAUAUUAGCGACUGUCAUGAUUGCGGAACUGUAUUCUCCGAUUCUAAAACUAGAAAAGUACUUAUUUCUUGUAUAAGAUAACCUUAUGUUAUUUACUCAAAAUCAAAUUGUGUUUUUUUUUAAUAGGAUCAUUGUCGGCAUUGUGGUAGAAUAUUUUGUGCAUCCUGUUUGUCUAGAGCUGUAAAAAGUGGACCCAAUAUGAGAAACUCGCAUGUGUGUCGGGUUUGUCAUACUUUAUUGGUACGAGAUUCAGCACCUUAUUUUAGCACUGAACCUCCUCAUCAAUCCAACUAA